AUGUCUGUAACUAGGUCUCCUGCUUUCGACGCUGCAUUGCACGUUAUUAAAGGAGCUGUUUGCACGGUUUUACGCAUUCCUACUGGUCGGACUACUGAAAGAGUUUCCCCACAUCUAGGUGGUGGUAAGCUCACUCUGAACUCGAUCAAGGAAGAACCCACGGAGGAGCAGAAGGAGUUGAUAGCCACGAACGUUUAUAACAAGGUGGAGGAAAAUGCGCCUUUCAAGGUUUUCACUGGAGUUCCUCGUGACCUUGCUGAGAGGAAAUACUUCGACACCAUGUACGACAGCUUCAAAGUCCCCGAGUCAGUGAAGGAGCUUCGGUUGGUGUACUUGGAACAGUGGAACCUCAACUGCAAUGUCCAUCCUAUCAUCAAGUCGACUGGUCUCUUGGGCGAGGUGAAUCUGACGCAUUGGAAGUAUUCUGCCAAGAAGGCCACCUUGGAGAUUUCCUUCACUCUGGAACCUAGUUGUGAUGUUUUCGAGAUGGCAGAGGAGGAUGGUAAUGUUGAGGAUCUUCCUUCGCUUGAUAUUGCGGUGCCCUACGUCCCUGAUGGUACUAUCACUUACCAUUUCAAGGGCGUAAUAGUCGUUACUCUCGCAGAACAACUUGACCAAAAUAGAGUUUUGGGAGUAUCGAACUGUCAGAAGGUCACCCCUUGGGAGGUUGAGGGCAGCGAUGAGGGGAUCGACUACGAUAAGCUUAUCCGUGAUUUUGGCUGCUCACCGAUUGACCAGAAACUCAUUGACAGGAUGGAGAAGUUGACUGGGAAGAAGGCACAUCGCUUCCUUAGAAGAGGGCUCUUCUUCUCCCACCGCGAUUUGGGUAUUUUACUCGACAAGUAUGAGAGAGGUAUCCCCUUCUACCUCUACACUGGUCGUGGCCCCUCUUCUGAGUCCCUUCAUCUCGGACAUUUGGUCCCUUUCCAAUUCACCAAGUGGUUGCAGGAUACCUUCGACGUCCCACUGGUUAUCCAACUUACUGAUGAUGAGAAGUUCUUCUUUAAAGACUAUCUGUCACUUGAAGAAGCUCAUCGAUUGGCCUAUGAGAAUGCCAAGGACAUUAUCGCUUGCGGCUUCGACAUGGACAAGACCUUCAUCUUCUCCGACUUGGACUAUAUGGGAACUAUGUACCCGAAUGUGUGUAAAAUUCAAAAGCUAGUUACUUAUAAUCAAGCACGAGGGGCUUUCGGUUUUACGGGUUCCGAUAGUGUUGGUAAGUCUAGUUUCUGUGCUAUCCAAGCUAGUCCUUCCUUCUCUACAACUUUCCCAUCCAUCUUUGGUGACCGUAAAGACAUCAUGUGCCUCAUCCCCCAGGCCAUUGACCAAGACCCCUACUUUCGGGUUACUAGGGAUGUGGCACCUCGAAUGGGUAUGCUUAAGCCGGCGCUUAUUCACUCGAAGUUCUUCCCGGCCUUGCAAGGCCACAAGACGAAGAUGAGUGGUAGCGUUGGAAAUACUACCAUUAUGGUCACUGAUAGCAAGAAGGAGAUUAAAAAUAAGAUUAUGAAGUAUUGUUUCUCUGGUGGACAAGACUCAGCUGAGGAGCAGAGGAAGUAUGGUGCCAAUCUUGAGGUUGAUGUGGCCUAUGAGUAUCUUCGAUACGUUAUGGAGGAUGAUGAGAAGUUCAAGCAAAUAGGGGAGGAUUAUUCUUCCGGAAAGUUGCUCACGGGAGAGGUGAAGAACAUUUUGGUGGAGGAGCUGGUGAACUUGACUAAGGCUCACCAAGAGGCUCGGGCUAAGGUGACUGAUGAUGUAGUGAGGGAGUUCAUGAACCCAAACCGGCCAUCGCUAGCCAAAUUCAAGUCAAUUGGGAAGGAUCGCAAGCUGUCUCAUGCGGCUGAGGAAGGUGGCAAGCAGAAGUUGUAUGCCCGUCCAGCAGGAGGCACUGUAGAUCAGCGUACUGAUGAAAUACCCACUUAUAGUGCUGAACCGGUCUUGUCUAAGUACUCAGACAUGCGUUCGAAUACGAAAAUUCCCACGUCAACGGUGAAGGAAGAGACCGUUGAGAAAGGGUAUACUGACGGCCAUCCUCCUACACCUAUGACUGUCACUGCCACGCCCGUCUCGGCGACCUCUGGUAUUCCGGGGGCUAUUCCUGUAGCUAGGUCGACUAAGGAGGGUUCGGCUAGGGCUACAGCGGCACGAGAUGGUGCUGAUCAUUUGGUGAGUCCGUCGAACCAUACGACUACUAUCAUUGACGAGGUCGCAACGAGUCGUGAGUCUCCUCAAGUGUUGGGGACGAAUAGCGGAGCGAGUGGUAUCCCUAAGGCAGUAUCGACGGCUAAGGGAGAGGGUAAUGAUGAGGCUGUGUGGGAAGAAGAGGAUCGCGUGAGACGGGAAAACGCUGAGAAAUUACUUAAGGACGCGCAGGAGCGGUUGAAGAAGGAGAGCGAAGAGAAGGAAGAAGAGGAGGCUAGAAUGCGAGAGGAGGAAGAGGACCGGCGCGCGAAGGAAGCAUACGAUCGAAAGAAGGAGGAGGCUGAACGUAAAGCGCGAGUGGAGGCCGAGUCGAGAAAGGAGGUAGAACGGAAGGAGCGGGAGGAGAAGGAACGGAAGGAGAAGGAGAAGGAGGAAGCUGAGUUGAAAGAGAGAGAAGAGGCGGAGCGGGAGGCGAGGGAGGAGGCUGAUCGUAAGAAGAAAGAGGCGGAGCGGAAGGAGAGCGAAGAGGCUGAUCGUAAGGAGGCCGAGCGGAAGGAGAGGGAGGAGACUGCACGGAAGGAGGCCGAGCGGAAGGAAAAGGAGGAGGUUGAACGGAAGGCGAGGGAGGAGACCGAUCAUAAGAAGAGAGAGGCGGAGCGGAAGGAAAGGGAGGAGGCCGAAAGGAGAGAGAAGGAAGAGGCCGAACGGAAGGAGAAGGAGGAGGCCGAUCGUAAGAAGAAAGAGGCUGAGCGGAGAGAGAAGGAGGAGGCUGACCGUAAGGAGGCCGAGCGGAAGGAGAAGGAGGAAGCCGAUCGUAAGAAGAGAGAGGCGGAGGAGACUGAACGGAAGGAGAGGGAGGAGGCUGACCGUAAGAGGCAAGAGGCCGAGCGGAAGGUGAAGGAGGAGGAAGCUAAGCUGAAGGAAGAGGCUGAGCGAGAAAAGGAGAUCGAACGGGAAGGGGGAGAAGUUGUGCGGAAUGGGACAGACCUGUAUGAGGUGGAGCAUGCUAAUCCGAGGAAGGAAGCAGAAGAGGGAAUAGAGGGAGGAUCUCUAGGGGUGAAGGAGGGAGAGGAGGAGGAACAUGAUGUUACUGAGUCGCCUGUUGUAAAUUCUACGAAAGCAGAUAGUGAGAGGGGCCGUGUCCAAGACCAGCAGGAACGCGUUGACGAGGAUCAGUCGAAGGAAGCAGAAGGAGGAGGUAGAGUUGAUAUUCCAGCUGAGGUUACCGACCUCAACCAGGAAGUUGGAGGAAUGUCGGUCGGUGAUAGGGUGAAGGAUACAGCUACGAGAGCUGCCAUGGUGACUAGGGAGUUAUGGAUGCUCUAUGGCGAGCCUGCUAAGGUGGAGGUUCUGCAUGCUACGGGCAUCGACUCUCCCCUAUUGGAAGUCUAUGUGGCUUCUAGUCUACUCUUCCUCUCUAUCGUAUGGGCACUAUUGAAGAGGAGGUCCUUGUCAUUGCCUAAGGCUGAUGACGGUGUCAUUUGGAGGUUCAGAGCUUCUCGUCUUGAGAGGCCUGUAUGUUCGACUGCUGCGGGCGCGCCAGCUGCUGCUGCUGUGAACACGUCGAGCGGAGGGAUAAAUGAGGAGCAGUUUAUGCAACUCCUACAGCAGGUUCAGUACUUGGCACAGAUGGCAAAUUACACAACACAGAGUCUCCAAACCUUUAUGGAAGAAUCUCAGGCCAAGUUCAACAGCUUGAUAUGCGAUAUAGCGGUGUUGAAGCAAGAUCUGGAUGAGGUGGACUGUGAGCUUUUAUCAUCGAGCCAACAGGUUAUCGAGCAUCUCACAUGCCGUUCCCUCUCGAAUCUGACCCAAGAGGAGCGAUCGUCCCUCAAUGAGGUCAGCGAUCUUAAGAAGAUUACAUCGCCUAAGGAGGACGGUGAUGAUCAAAGUGUGGAGGAAAAGGAAAUUAGUAUUGGCCCUGAUAGUGUUGAUGGUAUACUACCCGUGGAAUUGAGAGAGAGGGAGAAUCACUAUCAUUGCGUCGAGGACUAA